UAUUUAGAGUGAUUUCCCUUCAAUACCGGCAUCAUGCAGUCAUGACGAUUACGACGCUUCGCACGUUCGUUAUAAAGUUUAGGCUGCAUGGCUUGCUUACGAGGAAUUGAUUUUGUAAAAUUAAUUAGAAAAGAGGUUUUAACAUUUUUUGUCUCUUUCAUAUAGUAGGAACAAUUCAGGAUAACGCCAUAACAAAAACGUAACAAUAGCAUAGCUUGUGUUGUGUCAAGACUACAGUAACGUUAGGGUACUUCAAUUUCUGUCUGUAAUUAUAGAACUGGUAGGCCUACAGUAGUGUACGAAGCUUAUUGCAGUAUUUCUGUGCUAGUAGGCUUAUCUUAUAUGUCUCAAAAUUAUUAAGUAAAAAGAAUGAAGAAAAGGAAUGGCUUCAAACAAGUCAUAAUCUUGACACGAAUUCGACAUACGUGUGCUUAGACAAGCAAGAGUCUUUGACACCAGUUAAAAGCAUGGAACUCCGUCAUAUACAAAGUGUGAGGGCAGCCUUCAACCCUGCAUACACACAGCUGGCGACGGAUGGGUUAUACCUGGCCUUACCCCAUACACGCUGUUCUGUUGGCGUCUGGAGUCUGCAGCACCUGGCAUUUAAGCCUCUUGAACUGGAGGGACACAGGAAAAUACUGACAAGUAUCUCCCUAGGAAAUAGGAGCUCCCCCAAAUUACUAUGCUCAGCUGCAGAGGACUAUGUGAUAGUAUGGAACCUGUUACAGGCAAGACAAAUGGUGGACAAAGGGAUUCAGAUCCGUGGUCAAAUCAUUGGUACAACUCUUGGCCACAUCCACUACUGCUCUUUCAGCCCUGAUGAUACACUUGUGGCUGCUUGUUGUGGGGCUGAUGUCCUCAUCUUGGAUGCCACUAAAGAGCGACAGGUAGCUACUGUCGAGGGUCACACAAGUAAACUGACCAGUGCUGAAUUCUGUCCACACUAUUCAGCUACACUGGUCACCAUAUCAGAGGAUAGGACAUUCAAGGUGUGGAAUAUAGAAGAUUUUACUCUGAUAUAUCAAUCACCAAUCCUCACAGCUUCUCCAUUCAUCAGUAUGGCAAUGAAUCUCACUCAGCCACAGGUUGCCAUAGGAACAGCUGAUGGACAGGUUCGAGUUUUUGAUUUGACAGAUGGACAGGGGUUUCGACAGCUGCAUCAAAUUGAUGUGGCAAAACUUAUGAGGAAACAAAAGUCUUCCCAGCAGAUUCCAUCUUCACCAUCAUCGUCAUCAGGCCCUGUAACCAUCAGUAGUAAGCCCACAUGGAAGAGGGUUGACCAGAAUGAGAUUGUGCCGACUGGUGACCAGGAUGUGGAGGACGAAGCUGAGGCAGGCUGCUCAGUUCUGAGCCUUUACUUCACCUUUCUGCCUCAAGGUGGUGCUGAAGUCAAUGAUCAUUCAUCAAAACCUGCAUUUUUACAACACAACAGCACUGUAGUAAAGGACCUUUUGAGAUCCAGUCCUAUGUUGGUGGUUGGAACAACAGGUGCCCUGGUUCAGAUCAAUGCCAAGACACUGGAUGUCUGUAAAUUUUGGGACCUCCAAGAUCCAAUACAGGUGGAUAAUGGCCUUGACACAGAUACAGUCUCCAUAAAUGCUGCUGGGGCUGUCUACAUUUCCCAGAGUGCAAAUGCACAAAAGCUAUGGUGUAUUGUCUGUGGCCAUUUUCAAAACACUGUCCAUAUUUUGGAGUGGUGCCAUGGAUCUGCUGUGGAUGAGAUAACCUCUGACCUUAACAACAUAGAGGUCGGUGAACAGAGCUCUAACUUACCUUCAUGGGCGAUGAACAGCGUGGACAACAGUGACUUACUUACGCAGGCCCAGAAAGCAGAUGAAUUAACUGUUCUCUCUAAUGUGGCAUUAGCUGAUAAUUCACCACUCAGGUCUGAGCUUGUCUUUAAAGUGAAGGAGGACACAAGGACAAAGAAACAGAAAGGUUAUCUUACCCCAAACAAGAAGCCUGGACAACGCAUUGAAGAUCAACCACUGACAUUCAAAAAUAGUGUCAGGUCCUCAGGAUAUACUGCCUCUCCAAGGAAUACCAUGUUUAAACCAAGAACAGACUUCUCCAGUAGUGCUUCAGGGGCCAAACGACUUCCUAAAUCAGCUUCGUCUGGGUCUGUAGUUGGGAAGGUGAACCAGAAACAGUAUCCUACUGACUGUUCAGCACCGUCCGUGUUACAGACCAAGCUGAAUGUCGCUGAACGCCCAACACCAAUCCAUUCUGUCAGAUUUUCUGAUGAUGGUCAGUGUUUAGCUUGCGGUUUGGCCAACAAGUCAGCACAGAUGUUUUCCAUGCCUUUGACUGGUAAAGGAUCCAGCUUUGUUGGGCAUGACCACACUGUAUCCUGUGUGAAUUGGAGUCAUGACGGUAACUGGCUGAUCAGUUCCUCAGACGACAGGACAGCAUGUGUAUGGGGGAAGGGACGGUCCGAACCACUACUGACCUUUACCACCACAGUAAAUAACUUCUCCGUCGACAAGGAGGGUGCUCAGCCGCAGAAACCUACCAAGGACAACCCUCCAUUCCCCAGGGAGGUGAAGUUUGGCCGGUUCUACUACAUGGAUAAAUUUAUCCUCCUCACCUCAGGAAGUACAGUGUACAUGUACAAGUACCACCUGGAUCUCACCAAACAGGAUAUCAAAAGAUACUUGAGUAAGAGUAGAUACAAACUGGUGACAAGUUUCAGUUUGGAGGCACAGCAAAUCACAGCCCUGUCAGCGGUCAAUGGCUUCUACUCCUACCUAGUGCUAUGUGCAGGGACUAACAAGAGUUUGGAGGUACGGGAUAUGAAUGUUGAUAAAACUGUCCGAACCAUGACUGACGUCCACACAAAACCAGCUCAUGUUAUCUGUCAGAAUGAGGGUUCCACAUUUACCUCCCAUCCUCCAGACGCCUAUGAUCUCUUUGUGACAGCCGCUGCUGGAGAUUGUAUCAAACUGUGGGACAUCCGAACCAACAGGUGUGUGAGGAGAUAUGAAGGUCACCUCAAUAGAGUUUACCCUUGUGGUGUGGAUCUCAGUCCGUGUGGUCGUUACCUAGCAACAGGAUCUGAAGACAGAUCAACAUACAUCUAUGACAUAAGAACUGGGACAUACUGCCACAAGUUGACUGACCAUACAGAUGUCGUGUCUGAUGUUGCUUUCCACCCUAAAUAUCCACAGCUUCUUUCAUGUUCUUUGGCUGGGAAGCUGGUGCUUUAUGCUGACAAAAUAUCCAGCUGACAUCGUGAAGUGUUAGUGAUACAGUUUUGAAGUUAAGCAGAACAUUUGCGGCAUUGAAGUCAAUUUUACCUGCCAUAUGAACUAGAACAUGACAAGAUGUAUUCUUUACAAACAUCGGCAGCAAGCUGUUCCACUCAAAUAGGAUUGCACCACUGUCUUCUCUUUGUACCCAGUCACAACACUGCAGCAGACUGCAUGUGUUAGUCUACCCAGAUACAAGGUUAACACAGUAUUGACUGUCAAGGUGUUAUGACUGUGUGUUAGUCUACCCAGAUACAAGGUUAACACAGUAUUGACUGUCAAGAUGUUCUGACUGUGUGUUAGUCUACCAAGAUACAAGAUUAACACAGUAUUGACUGUCAUGGUGUUCUGACUGUGUGUUAGUCUACCUAGAUACAAGGUUAACACAGUAUUGACUGUCAAGGUGUUCUGACUGUGUGUUAGUCUACCCAGAUACAAAGCUAACACGGUAUUGACUGUCAAGAUGUUCUGACUGUGUGUUAGUCUACCAAGAUACAAGGUUAACACAACAUUGACUGUCAUGGUGUUCUGACUGUGUGUUAGUCUACCCAGAUACAAGAUUAACACAGUAUUGACUGUCAAUGUGUUCUGACUGUGUGUUAGUCUACCAAGAUACAAGGUUAACACAGU